AUGGCCGUAAACUCAUCAAACGUUCCGCUAUGCUGGGGUGUGGACUUUUCGUCUUUAGCAGCCAACAAAUCGUUCUUGAUAUUUAUCUGCGUGUUAAAUAACUCAGCUGCGAUGUCGUCCGUGUUCGGCAACCUCACAGUGAUCGUCUCUAUCUGGAGAACGCCGUCCAUCCACUCUCCUUCCUUCGUGCUCAUCUCCAUAAGAUGUGUGCUUGACAUGAGUAUUGGUCUGUUCAUGCAAGGCCUCUGCUCGCCCGUGCUCUUGCUUCUCUAUGUCGAUAAUCUUCAAGGAUUCUGCAGUGCGGCUGGACCAUGGCUUCAAAUGGGCCUCUUCAUCAAUGGUGCCAUACUCUUCAUGGUCAUGCUAACCGCUAUGGAUAUCUUCUCAGCGAUCAAGCUCAAGUUGCGGUAUCGACAGCUGGUGACGACGAGGCGGAUGAUCAUCGCGGUGAUACUUAUGGUCCUCCUCUCCGCUGCCUUAUCCGCCCUUUCCGUUACUCUCCCUCUAGUCGAACACUUCCUUGUCAUGACCGUUGUGGUGGGCAUCGCGUUGAACAUGACCUUUUUCUUCUAUGGCUUGUCUUACAACGAACUGCGCCGCCAUCAGAGGACAGUCCAACCUUGCCAACAAACAACCACCAGCAUCGCCAAGUACAGAAAGACCUUCACGACUCUUGUCCUCAUCCUCGGGUUUCUGCUCCUGUGUUAUUUGCCAGCAAAUCUUACGUUCCUCGUUGUAGCUAUCUAUGGGUUCACGGAGGCCAGCAUCCAGGCCGUUGCGGUGUGUUGUACGCUUGGAUUUAUGAACGCCUCAAUUUGCCCUUUUAUUUAUUUCCUGAGAUUCAAGGACAUAAGAAUCGCCUCGAAACAUAUUUUUCAAAACAUAUUUCCCUGUUUCGGCGGAGGCUAG